ACGCUGAGCUAGUCUGCUGCUGAUUUUCGCUGGAUUCAUCAUGGCAGUGUCGUUUAAAGACCGCAUAUUUCGGGCUAAAUCACGUCUUCUGUUUGAUCCACAAUAUCUAUGGAUUGCUGCAGGAGUAUUGUGGAUUGCAGAGAUCGUCGUUAAUGUAUUGGUAAUUCACAAUAUCAAAUAUACCGAGAUAGAUUGGGAAGCAUACAUGGAUGAAGUUGAAGGCGUUGUCAAUGGUACCUAUGAUUAUAUGAAACUAAAAGGAGGAACAGGACCACUUGUAUAUCCGGCAGGUUUUGUUUAUUUUUACCUUGGAUUGUACUACAUCACUGGAUAUGGUGCGAAUAUACGACUAGCACAGUACAUCUUUUCAGGCUUUUAUCUAAUUAAUUUAUUGUUGGUGUUUAGGAUAUAUCAAAGAACAGCCAAAUGCCCACCCUACGUAUUAAUAUUCAUGUGUUGCACGUCGUACAGAAUUCAUUCUAUAUUUAUCUUGCGUCUUUUCAACGACCCUAUCGCUAUGAUAUUCCUGUAUCUGGCAGUUAAUUUGUUCAUAGAUAAGAAAUGGUCAUGGGGAUGUUUUUGGUUCAGUAUUGCUGUGUCCAUUAAAAUGAAUGUUCUGUUGUUUGCACCGGGAUUGUUGAUAUUGCUGCUCACAGAAUUUGGCUUUUUGGCAACCAUACCUAGGUUAUUUAUAUGUGCUGUUGUACAAGUAAUCUUAGCGGUACCAUUCCUACUUGAAAAUCCUAAGGGUUAUCUGAUGCGAUCCUUUGAUCUGGGUCGGCAGUUUUUUUUCAAGUGGACAGUAAACUGGAGGUUUCUCGGCGAAGAAUUAUUUUUGAAUCGUUAUUUUCAAUUUACUUUAUUGGGACUUCAUAUCGUGUUGCUCGUGCUUUUCACUUUGUAUCGAUGGAACAGAAAAACUGGAAGUUUGAAAAAAUUGCUACAGAAACCAGGAAAAAAAGAAAACCGAAGAUUAACCGUGAAUGAUAUUGUAUUUGUUCUAUUUUCUUCCAAUUUCAUUGGUAUGUGUAUGAGUCGAUCUUUACAUUACCAGUUCUAUAUUUGGUACUUCCAUACUUUACAUUAUCUUCUUUGGAGCACAGGACUUCCAUCUGUCUUAAGAAUAUUGCUACUUGGUAUCAUAGAGCUGUGCUGGAACACCUAUCCAUCCACUGACUACAGCUCCAUUGCCCUACAUGUAUGUCAUGUGAUCAUACUACCUGGUCUGUGGCUCAGUAAGGUAGAAGGUAAAAAAGUCUAUAAGGAAGUCGGCAGAGCUCAGAAGGAAGAAAAGAAAGAAGAAGUUGUUGCAAAGAAAAAUGCAAGAAAAAGGAAAAGAAAGGCGUGAAUAUUUUCAAAAAGAGAUUAGGUCAUACAAAAUAAUAAAUGAAUUUUUUAUAAAAAUAUUAAUAAUGUCAUUAAAAGUAGUGUUCCUAAAAUGUAGUUAUGAGAGGUCAUACAUUUUAGUAAAAUUUAGUGACAUUUAUAUAUAUCUAAAAGAACAGGAAACACAGAAUUAUUUCAAUCAACUGAAUAUUGACUGAAUAUUGUUAAUCAUUUGAUUUUUUAUUCACUUCUAUUAUCCAUUUUUCAUAUCUGAUAAAAGUUGUAUUUUUGUCCUUUUGCUGAGAUGUAUUAUGUGAAGUACAAAAUAUGAAAUGAAUGUAUUCAUGUUCUAAAUGUGCUCAUUAAAAGUGAAAAAAAUA